GAAUUUGGAAGCAACACAACACUCUAAAUCUACACUAGCGAAAAAAACUAUACGAUGGAUUACUCUUUCACUUCAGAUUACUCCCCUGAAUCCUCCUUCGGCUCGCCUUCACCGCGGAGCUGGGAGGACCUAGACCGAUUUUUAGAACACGGCUCUCUUCCGUUCAAUUUCAAUGACUCCGAAGAAAUGUUACUCUUCGGAGUCUUGGCAGAGGGAGCUAGAGAAACAUCCGAGGCAAAUUCUUGUCCUCGAAUCAAGGAGGAAGACGUGACAUCGACCGCGAAAAUCACAAAUCCCAUUAAGGAAAAAUCGUACAGAGGAGUCCGGAGACGCCCGUGGGGAAAAUUCGCAGCUGAAAUACGAGAUUCGACGAGAAAUGGAGUCCGAGUCUGGCUAGGAACAUUUGAUGAUGCUGAGGCAGCCGCAAUGGCGUAUGAUCAAGCCGCAUUUUCGAUGAGGGGCUCGAUGGCAAUACUUAAUUUUCCUGUGGAAAGAGUGAAAGAAUCACUGAAAGAUAUGAAGUAUAUUUGUGAAGAAGGGAGUUCUCCAGUGGUUGCACUGAAGAAAAGACACACCAUGAGAAGAAAAUCAUUGAGUAGAAAGAGUAAGGCCAAGGAAACGAAGAUGGACAAUGUGGUGGUAUUGGAAGACCUUGGAGCAGAGUAUUUGGAACAACUGUUGAGUUCAUCUGAGAGUAAUUUUAGUUGGUGAUGCAUUAAUCAAAUCGAAUCGAAUUUUUGUUGAAUCAGCCGAGAAAUCCUUGUUGUUUUAUUAUUGUUGUUGUUCUUCGGUAUCUGUAAAUAUUAGCAGUUGAUAUGUAAAAGUUCGGAUAAUGAUAGAUAAGUAUUAAGUA